UUUUAGUUCAAACUGAUGAAUGCGCCCUUCUAAUCCUUAAUUCGUUUGCCGUUUUCCUCAACACCAUACGGCGGCGAUAUUAGCCGUUAAAACCCCAAUCAUGGCGGCGGCGUUUCCAGCCAGCGGCGUUCGCCUCCUCCACCCUCGACCGUGGCUGCGGAACCUCAGACGAGCGGCCCGUCCGCUCUCAGUACUCGCCGCUGCCUUACCAAUUCAAAAUGCGGAAGAACUCACGGCGACAGCUGCACCGCCGCCUCAACCUUCCACGAGCACAAAUACGGAUAAGAAGACGGCGACGCCGUUUUACCCUAAGCGAGGGCAGACAUUGGAGCUUGUUUGCGAGAGCUUAGCUUACAAAGGCAAGGGAUUGUGUAAGGUCGCCGGCACCGGCUUCAUCGUCAUGUGCGACCGCGCGUUGCCCGGAGAGAAGUUCGUUGGGCGCGUGACCCGGAAGAAGAAUGAUUACGCAGAGGUGAAGAAAUUGAAGACGAUAACUCCACACAGGGAUAUUGUGGAAGCACCGUGUGAGUUUGCUUCACAUUGCGGAGGUUGCAAAAUGCAGGACUUGUUGUACGAAGCUCAGGUUAGGGCAAAGGAGCAUCAGGUUCGGGAGUUGAUUGUACACGUUGGCAAGUUUUCGGUAAAGGAUUCCGAAUACGAUGGCAUCAUGAAGCCCAUUGUUCCUUGUGAUAUUCAGUUCCAUUAUCGGAACAAGAUGGAAUUCUCCUUUGGCACCAAAGAAUGGGUACCUGCUGAACUUAUGCAGCAAGAAUGCGAUGAAGAAACCAACACAUAUGCGUUGGGAUUGCAUGCUCCUGGAUUUUUUGACAAGGUUUUGAAUAUCAACAAGUGCUUGUUACAGAGCGAUUCAGCCAACAAGGUACUUGCAGUUAUUCAGGACUUUUGGAGGGACCCGGAAUUAGGUCUUUCUCCAUAUGAUGUGCACUCCCAUCACGGAUUUUUGAAGCAUUUGAUGCUUAGAUCUGGCAGGAAUGUGGAGACCGGCCAGCCUGAACUUAUGGUUAAUUUUGUGACUUCGUCAUACAAACCAGAACUACUGAAGCCCCUCGUGGAGAAAAUCGAAGCUUUUCCUGACGUGGUAAGCAUCAUGAAUAAUGUAAAUACGUCCGUGGGUAACACAUCUGUCGGGGAGGUGGAGUAUACACUCUUUGGUAAACCAACAAUUACAGAGAGCCUUCGAGGAUUAAAGUUUCAAAUUUCUGCCAACUCUUUCUUCCAGACGAACACACACCAGGCAGAGAUUCUGUAUAAACUAAUAGAGGAAAGCUCUUUUCUGAAAGGAGACGGAUCAGAAAUAGUUCUAGAUCUCUUUUGUGGGACUGGGACAAUCGGGUUAACACUUGCAAAAAGGGCGAAACAUGUGUAUGGUUUUGAGAUAGUCGAUCAAGCCAUAUCAGAUGCACGUCGUAAUGCGGAUAUUAAUGGCAUAUCUAACGCCACAUUCGUCCAAGGGGACCUUAAUAAAAUCGGGGAGAAUUUCGGAGAAUAUUUUCCGAAGCCAGAUCUUGUCAUCACAGAUCCGAAUCGGCCUGGCAUGCACAUGAAGUUAAUCAAGUUUUUGCUGAAAUUAAAAGCGGAACGAAUUAUCUAUGUAUCGUGUAAUCCAGCCACGUGUGCUCGUGACCUGGAUUACCUUUGUCAUGGUGUGGCUGAGCAGAAAAUUGAAGGAUGUUACAAACUGAAAAGCAUUCAACCAGUUGAUAUGUUUCCGCACACUCCUCACAUUGAAUGCGUGUGCCUGUUGGAGCUAAGUAUAGGCUGAUUCCAUCAGCAAUCCAUUUCAAUCCCUAUCUAACUCAACUCGUUACUAUAGCAACGCUUUUCGGGUUUUUUUUGGACCUGGUCUUGAGCACCGAACAUUUGAGAUCUAGUGGCGAACAUGAAAUGCAAUGUAAUUUGCAACUAUCUUGCACCAUUUACAUAGGUAACCUAACUCAAUAAAUCCACAUGGU